ACCCGUCUUCUCCUAACGGUACUUCACAAGUACUCCCACACCACAGCAACCAUCUCGUACACAAACCACCCAAGCAAUCUCCCUCUCCCUCUCGCGCGCCUUGGUUUUUGGGUCUCGCUCCUCCCUCUCUCUAUUGAUCGACGCCAAAACGCCAACGUGUGUACCUUGUCAACUCAAUCCUCUCCCUCCACCCUUCCACUUCUUCUCCUCCUCUUCUCCUCCUCCUCCCUCUUCACGACUUCACCACCUCACCGUCGCUCUCUCUCUCUCUCCAUCACCCUCCCGCAUCGACGAGUUCCAUCUCGGUCGCCCUUCAACCUCUCUCGAUACGAGGCCUCAGGGAGUCCGGUGGAUAAUGGUACACGCUUCAUGACAUUAAUCCAACCAUUGCCAAUACAACUACCUGUCGCAUAAACCACCACCUCGAAUCUCUUUGACGAUCUAUAUCGUCUGUCACUCCUUUAGAAAUCCGGUCCCAUUCGUUGACCUUAUCAAAUACACUCACUACUGACAUUUAUUGUCAUCUACACUCGUUUCAAUCGAUUUAUCUUCAGCUUUUCAGCGCCCAAUUUUCGACGUAUUCCCCUCGCAGUCUUCUAGCAAUUUGAAAUCGUUUACGCCAUCGAUCGAUAUAUAAACCGCCAUCAUGCACGCCAGAACAAUCGUUGUGGCCGCCGUGGCCCUGCUCUCGUCGAACGUCAUUGCACAGGACAGGCCCAAGUUCUACUUCCCGCGACAAGUCAAGCGUGAGAUCUCCAACACCACGUCCAACUCCGUCGAAGAUUCCUCGAGCUCCUCCACAAAGCGCGACCUCCUUGGCGACCUCCUCGGCGUUUUGACUGGAGGCGCGCCCGUCGCAUCCGUCGCGCCCCCGACCUCCGUCGAGGGAGUUGCACCUGGGGUUGUCAAGACUAUCAUCAUCUCCAACACCGUCGUUGUCAACGAUGGUAUGACCACCACACUGCCCCAGGCUCCUGCCUCGAGUGCCGCUGCCACUACGGCUUCGGGCGUCUCGUCUGUGAAGCCACCGUUGAUUGUCCUCCCAACCCUUUCCCUGGGCCUGUCUUCGAUCUUGGAUCCGAUCCUCUCGCCUUCGUCCGCUACCGAUGGUAUUACCGCCCCCAGCGGUGUCUUGGGCUCCAGCGGUGUCCUCGCCCCCGAGCCAACGGCAACAACAACCUCGACAGACUCUGCCACAGAAACAGGAGCUUCCUCUCCGACUGAAACCAGCGACGCUGAUUUCCAGACUCUUGAGCCCUCCACCUCGUCCGACGGCGGUCUCCUGUCGUCCCUCCUCAGCGGAAUUAUCCCCGACCCCACGGGCACUGGAACAGGCACUGGUGCCACCACGACGUUCGCGCCAAGCACUUCCACGGAAACCCCGACAGCAUCAUCGACCGGUCUGGAGAGCAUGAUUUCCAGCAUCAUCUCCUCAGAAACUGCCGGACCCGGAACCGGAACUGGAGUUCCAACCACCGCGUUCCCAACAGCAUCAGGAACCAACUCCACUACCAUUCGUCUUCCACCUGUCGAGACGGGCGGCGAUACCACAUCGCUUCGCAACAAUGGGACAGCCAUUGUGCUCCCACCCACGACCACCCAGAAGCCUACUUCGCUGACGGAUAUCCCGACGACCACCCCAGCCGCCCCGACCACCACUGCUACUACUGAGGGUGUUCCAACUACAUCUGACUGGGUUGGAUCAUCCAUCCUGAUCCAGACGACUCCGACCGGCCCAAAGCCAACCACCACCACGGCCAUUCCCAGCGGAAUCCCAAGCACCUUGCCUCAGGUAGUCGCGCCUCUUACCGGCGUGCCAACCGCAAAGGUGGGAUACACUCUGAUCCAGGUCGGGUUCACGUACGCGCUGAACUACGAAUUCGUCGUUGCCAAUUCCAUGUCGUCUGCCCAGAUCUUCUCAUAUCUUCCCAAGGGUAUCGCAUACGGACUGGAGAUUAAGGAGUCGGACGUCAUCAUGCACAGCCUGCAGCCUUACGACACUUCCAGGAGUCUCGGAUAUAUCACCACGCUUGCUCUUGCAUACAUCCCUACCAAGGUGGUGUCCAACCUCGACAUCAUGAUCCACGUCCCGGUGUCUCGCCUCUACAAGAACCCGUCUGAGCCUGUUGCCGUUAUCAUGAGCAGCAUCAACCCUUCCAUUCCCAUCACCGUUGGCUCUGGCCUCGAUGGAUCCGACCCUGCAGUCCCUGCUGGUGGUGCUGGAUCGUCUCCCACCCCAGGCGGUAACGAUAGUGGUACUGAAAAUGGUGGAAUCUUCGACACCAACCAGAACAACCAGACACCGGGCGCCAAGGGUAUGACUGCCGGAAUCGCAACUGGUGCCGUCGUUGCAGCUGCUGCGUACGGUGCGGCCAUGUUCUUCAUUGCCCGCCGCUACAAGAGACGCAAGCUUUCCCACCGCCGCACGAGGUCUCUCAUGAACCCCGGCGAGAUGAUGGAAGCUACCGGUGGCAGCCCGGCCCUCCCCGGUGGUGUCUACAUGUCUGGCGGACGUCAAUCGACUGGCUCUGGCGAAUCGAGCUCCGAUGCAUCAGCCGACAGACACAGCAGAGGCAGCGGAAGAAGCGCCGGAAACUCUGCCAGGACCGCCCAAAUCUCCGGACCAAUGAUGGCAGAGAACUCCCUGGGCUGGAACUGAACAUAAUUCCGACAACCAUUUCAACCAAAUCUCAUGCCGCGACAUACGAUACCCAUCUGAGCGCCUGAUCUUGAGCCCUUGUAACAUACUACAUGACAGCUGAUCGUCACACCGGCAUCCUUUUCCUUCGUCGUCACAGUGGGCGGUUGGUACCCGCCAAUAUUCUCUCCUGCAUCACCAAAGUUCUCUCGCCAACCUUCUUCGGGUGAGGGAAACGAUGGGGGAUUUUUGUACCUUGCGGAGUUUGAGGAGGUAGAAUUGAGACCGGGUAGAAGAGGGGGCAAGGACGGCACGUUGCCAAUUACAUACCUGCCGUGUCGUGCCCUGUCCUACGAGGAAUGAAAAAUUAUCUUUCAAUUGUCCAGCCGUACCUCUGUUGUCGACCGAACUCUUGAAGAAACAGGCCGUAGUAAUUUAAGAAUAGUUUCCUUCUACCUAAAUUUAAGACUUGUAUGUACAUGAAGUUGCAACUCACGGCUAUCUUUGUGAUAUAUAUGCAAGUGUAAUUAAACUGGAU